UCGGCCUUGAGUUCAGCGCAGCCUGGCAGAUUACACACUGUCAAAAUGGCUGAAGAAAAUAAAAGCGAAGGAAAAGGUGUUCAUCGAAGAGGAGCUUUAAGACAGAAAAAUGUGCACGAGGUUAAAAAUCACAAAUUUGUAGCUAGAUUCUUUAAGCAGCCGACUUUCUGCAGUCAUUGCACGGAUUUUAUAUGGGGUUUUGGGAAACAAGGAUUCCAGUGUACAAUAUGUAGUUUUGUAGUACACAAAAGGUGUCAUGAGUUUGUAUCAUUUGGAUGUCCUGGUGCUGACCAAGGACCAGACUCUGAUGCAACAAAUUUACACCGAUUUAAAGUACACAGCUAUGGCAGUCCAACAUUUUGUGAUCAUUGUGGUUCAUUGUUAUAUGGCCUUCUACACCAGGGACUUAAAUGUGAAGCAUGUGACAUGAAUGUACAUAAAAGAUGUGAAAAGAACGUUCCAAAGUUAUGUGGAGUUGACCACACAGAAAGACGUGGUAGAAUCAAUUUAUCAGUUUCCUACCAGAAUGGCAAGCUUAAGAUCACAAUUGUAGAAGCCAGGAACUUAAAUCCUAUGGACCCAAAUGGUUUAGCAGAUCCUUAUGUUAAAAUUAAAUUAAUACCAGAUGAUAACAAUAAAACUAAGAAGAAAACAAAGACAGUGAAAACUAACCUCAAUCCAGAGUGGAAUGAAACAUUUACAUUUGAUCUUAGUCAAGAAGACCAUGCGAAACGCCUUUCAAUAGAAAUAUGGGACUGGGAUCGUACCUCAAGGAAUGAUUUCAUGGGAUCAUUAUCAUUUGGGAUAACCGAGGUGAUAAAGGAAACACACGAUGGCUGGUUUAAACUGCUGAGUCAGGAGGAGGGAGAGUUCUAUGGUAUUCCUGUCAGUGAUGAUCUAGCAAGUGACAUACAAGAAAUAAAAGACAAAAUGAAGAAAGCAGCAAUAGAUGAUGGAAGACCUCCAAGAGUUGAUCUUUCCAAAAAUACCAGUAAACAGGACACAAUACGAGCUACAGAUUUCAACUUCCUUACAGUUCUUGGGAAAGGCAGUUUUGGUAAAGUUGUUUUAGCAGAAAGAAAAGGCACAGUUGAAUUAUAUGCGAUAAAAAUAUUGAAAAAAGAUGUGAUAAUUCAAGAUGAUGAUGUCGAAUGUACAAUGAUAGAAAAACGUGUUCUAGCCCUUCCCACAAAACCACCAUUCCUUGUACAGUUACAUUCUUGUUUCCAAACUAUGGACCGGUUGUAUUUUGUUAUGGAGUAUGUAAACGGAGGAGAUUUAAUGUAUAGAAUUCAACAAGAGGGAAAAUUCAAGGAGCCUGUAGCUGUGUUUUAUGCAGCAGAAAUAGCCAUAGGUUUAUUUUACCUCCAUGCACAAGGAAUUAUUUAUAGAGAUUUAAAGUUAGAUAAUGUAAUGUUAGAUACAGAGGGUCAUAUAAAAAUAGCAGAUUUUGGAAUGUGCAAGGAAGGAAUUAUCCAUGGAGAAAAAACAACACGAACUUUCUGUGGUACACCUGAUUAUAUAGCACCUGAGAUCGUACUGUAUCAGCCUUAUGGUAGAUCAGUAGAUUGGUGGGCUUAUGGUGUCUUAUUGUAUGAAAUGUUAGCAGGUCAGCCUCCAUUUGAUGGUGAAGAUGAAGAGGAACUUUUUACUUCUAUAACAGACCACAAUGUGUCUUAUCCCAAAUCCAUGUCUAAAGAAGCCGUUUCAAUUUGUAAAGGUUUGUUAACAAAGAAUCCAUCAAAAAGAUUAGGCUGUGGUCCUACAGGUGAGAGAGACAUCAAAGAACACAGAUUUUUUACAAGAAUUAUGUGGGACAAAAUUCAAAAUAGAGAAGUGCAGCCUCCAUACAAACCAAAAAUUAAAAACCGAAAGGAUGUCAGCAAUUUUGAUCGUGAGUUUACAAGUGAAGCCCCGAAGAUGACGCCAACAGACAAAUUGUUUAUCAUGAAUCUAGACCAGACAGAGUUUGCUGGGUUUUCCUUUGUCAAUCCUGAAUUCAUUGUCAGUGUGUAGAUGGUCAAGUGUGAAUGGAGGGGAGACAACUCUAUCCUAAAAAAGAAAUGAUUCCUUAAGCUCAGUGUGAAAAACAGAUGUUGUAACUUCUUCAGCUACUUUACAAUUUAAUUGUACUUGGAAACUAUAGAGUGAGAAUGAAUAAGGUUGUUUAUAUUUAUACAGUCAAACUGCACAAGUAUAAAAAAUUACGAAUCCAGUUCAAAUUUCAUCUUUGAAAAAGUAAUGUCCAGAAACAGAUAUUCAUUACCUAAAAAAGUGACUGAGUGAAAAAAAAAAAUGUGCUCAAGAUGAAAACUGUUUGCUCCACAUACAGUAUUUCUCUUUACAAUAGAAAAUGCAGGUAUAUUUUUUGUAAAUUUCUUGCCAGUCUUUUCCCAUUACCAUGUAAUUUUAGAAUAGAAUGCAGAUUUUAUUUGAGAUUUCACCACAUGUUUGAUUGUUGCUUGUUUAAUGUCCAGUAGCAAGUAUUUCAUUUACCCCUAUCUGUUAAACAAACAAUAGUCAAACAAUCAUGUUGUGACUUUUCAAAAUAAAAACUAAUACAUGAUGUUGUCAUUUACUUUAUCUUGUCUUUCUUACUUUUUCAUGGGACUUAUUUAACAGCCUUUUCAAACCAGUGAGUUAAUGGAAACCAAAAGUAAGCAAUUUUUUUCCCGUAUUAUUCUCCCGCCAAACAAACAACAUGGCCACCCACAGUGACUAUAGGAGAAAUUUUUGAUCUGUCUCCCAAAGUUUUGAUGAUAAAAUCCUAAGUUUGUUUUCUGGAAAAUUACAUAAUGACAGCAUCUUAAAUCCAAUGUGUUUGUUAUUAUUGAACAUUUUUACAUUGGACCUAUGGGAAAAUGCAUAAGUAAAAUUCUACUUGUAAUCUCUGAAAUCAUAGUGUGUUUGUUUAAUAGUAAACCCAUUGACCCAACCAUCCAACAUUACAACCAUAGAACAAACAGGGUAAAAUUGAUUAUAUUUGCCUUUCAGGAUAGAUUUUCAUACUUGCUUAAUGACCAACACAUGCUCCUUAGAACCUCUAGUUCAUUUAUCUUUAGAAUAGCCUUGUAUCUUCCCUAAUUUAACUAUCAAAAAGUGUAAAAUUAUUACAUGUGUAUAUACAUUUUGAAAGGUUGUUAAUGAUGUAAGGAUUUUAAAUAAUGGUGACUUAACUUCCCAUCAAGACAGGUGUAUUGAGUAGCCGUAUUAUUGAAUGGAUGGGGGAUAGGGGGAUGAAACAAAACAGAUAUUGGAAUAUGGAGAGGGUGGGAUUAAAUUACUUUCAGUAUCUAUUUUCAUACUCAUUGUAUUUUUUUGUUUGAUUUCUUGGGUGGGAAAAUCAUGUUUUUUUUUUAUUGUCACAUAAUAAAAAUUGAAAGAUAUUUCCGAAUAUUUUAGAACAAAGAAAAAUCCCAAUUGUCAUUUAACUUUUUAAUGCAAGAAUUUUCAUUAAAAAAAUGCAAAAGAAUAUGAACAAAAAUCUUUUCCUCUUGUAUAUGUAAGGUAUGGCUAAAUACUCAAUAAAUGACAUCCAUGUACUUAUUUAUUUUUGUUACACAACAGGUGCAGUUUUAUGAACCGUAAUGGCCUAGAUUUAGAGAAUUACGUUUUGUCAGAAUUCAGAACAACAACAUCCUGUUCCUUCCAAAAUCAUGCAACCUUGACCCACUUACUUCAGUGGAUAAAAAUUAAGUUUAUGAAAAACAGAUUACUUGAAGUCAUUUAUAAAAAAGCCUUACUACAUUUUGGAUUGAAUAAAAUUUGAGGAUCUGGUAGUCUGAGUGAAAUCUAUUGAAAGAAAAAGCAUUUCACAUAAAAAAAGACAUGCAUCUAUUAACUGUAUUGUAAAUGAAUGAGGAAAAGGACGGGAGACAGUUUUGAAAAAUUCUAUUCACAUCAAAAUGGGUACAAUAUGUCACAUUUAAAAUCUAUUUAGUUUAUUGACAUUACAAAACAUCUCUUAUAUGACUGAGUUGCAUUAAGUUGCAAAUUAAGCUUGUAGUAUAGUCUGCAUUGAGUGGAUGGGUGGGGGGGGGGGGUUCCUGUUUUGUAUAAUCAAGUCCUUUUACCAUUUUUUACCCAGAAUCAUCAAACUUUCUGAAAUGUACACAUUUGGAUAAUAGUUGCAGAUUUUCUCUAUGAUGAAAAUUUAAAAAAAUUCAAGAAAGUGAUUGAUAAAGGGUACUUAUUUUUUGUAAUCAGCAAAUUCAACUUUAUUAAAAUUCAAAAGAAUAAGCAUUUUUGAUUUUAAGCAAAAAGAAUUUAAGUAGAUUUUUCUUUUUUUUUUCACCUAUUAUUUGAGCUGUCUUCUGAGUAUGUUGACAUGGUUUUCACUGAAUAUUUGUUAUUAUGUAUGUGAAGAAACAAGGUUAAAACUCAUCAUAAAUAUACUACAGUAAUGUUUGUAUCAGCUCGUUGUUGUUGUAAAUUAUACACAAAGUUUAUUGGUCAUUUUGCUCACUUUUAUAGACUUUUUUUGAUGUGAUAAAUGUGUAUAUAUAUAUGUGUAUGAUUCUGUGUGUUAAUGUUUGAAAUGUUCAUUGAAUAAUAAUAAAUUCUUAUUCAUAGCAAUAUGAAAAACCAGGAGUGGACAAUUGAAACGAUUCAUACAUUUCUUAACAUUAUUUGUACCACAAUUUCUUCACAUUUUAUACCCCACCUAUGAUAGAAGAGGGUAUUUUGUUUUUUGGUCUUAGUGUCUGUCCAUUUGUUCCUCAGUCUUCCUCUGUCUGUUGUGUAUUAGGUUGAAGUUUUGAUUUAAGGAAGUUAACCUUGAAAUUGUGGUCACAUCAACUUGAAACUUAGAACACUUUUUAUGCCCCCGCCGUAGCGGAGGGGGCAUUAAGUUUUACCCUUGUCCGUCCCUCGGUAUGUCCUUUGUCCCAAAGUUGGUUUCCCUUCUCUAACUUUAGUUUGCCUCAACCAAAUUUUAUAAAACUUAUACACAAUGAUUAUUAACACAAAAUACAGAUCAAGUUUGAACUUUGGUGGCGUCACUUUAUUUAAACUGAAUUAUUCGUUUCCAUUCUCUAACUUUAGUUUGCCUCAACCAAAUGUUAUGAAACUUAUACACAAUACUCAUUACCACAAAACUCAGAUCAAGUACAAAUUUGGGUAGGGUCAGUUUUACCGUUCUUCAGUUAUGUCCCUUUAUUACUAUAUGAUAUGCAAGCGGGGGCAUCAUCUGUGUCCCAUGGACACAUUCCCCAUUUAUUAAUUUUGAUGUGAUAUAUUCCAAAUUAAGAUUUUUAUGCCCCACCUACAAUAGUAGAGGGGCAUUAUGUUUUUCGGUCUGUGCGUCCGUUCGUUCGUUCGUCUGUCCUGCUUCAGGUUAAAGUUUUUGGUCAAGGUAGUUUUUGAUGAAGUUGAAGUCCAAUCAACUUGAAACUUAGUACACAUGUUCCCUAUGAUAUGAUCUUUCUAAUUUUAAUGUCAAAUUAGAGUUUUGACCCCAAUUUUACGGUCCACUGAACAUAGAAAAUUAUAGUGCGAGUGGGGCAUCGGUGUACUAUGUACACAUUCUUGUUACCUAGGUAUUGGGGUUCACUGGACAUGGGAAAUGUAAUAGUGUUGGUGGGGUAUGGUGUACUAUAAACACAUAUUCUGGUUCUUGAUAUUUUUUAAAGGUUUGUGAGAAAAUUUUGGUUUGCAAUUGUGUUAGCUUAAACCAAAGAUGAUCUCAGAGAUCUUAUACAGCUUUUCCUGUUGCAUACACAUAUACUCAAUAGCACUUUGGGGAAUAUUCAAUUAUUUUGUUGGCUUCAUUUUACACCCACACAAAAUCCAUUUCAAACAUGUCUCUACCUCUUCAACAUUUUUUAUAUAUAGUUUUGAAAUCCUGUCAUUUUGUUGUCUCCAUUUCACAGUACAGAAUUCUUAUGAGAAUAUUUAUAUUUACAUAAGGUAUCUGUAUUCUUGCAUAUUAAUUGCAUAAAAUGUUUUUGUCCAAGACUGGAUAUAGCCCGGCAUGUUUCUAACUACUGAACCUUUAUUUGUCCACUGUUGGUAUUUCAUGUAUAUUUUUAUUAAAAUGUGAUUAACAUGCAUAAUUAUAGUCAGUUUUGUAUUUUCUUUGCUUUAUGAAUAGUUUUCUUCCAUAAUUUUUAUCUUUUUCUGCUUGUUAUUCUACAUAUGUUUUUUCCUUCUAUAUAUAGUGCAAUUUAGAGAAUUAUUUUAUCUAUUAGUGUAUAUUGCCUUAUAAUUGUAGUGAUGACAUUUCAAAUAAUUUGUGCGUCAAUUUAUAUUUUGAAUUUGAGACAAGUCAUGUCAGUACUUCAUGUCAUUAUGUAUUUAUUCUUUGUUUUUACAACAAACCUGGAUUAUGGAUAUAUUUGUUCAUUACUGAAUAAUGUUGUCGUCCAUAACAGUUCUGUCUACAAAUUGAUUGAUUAAGUUCAUACAGAUUAUGGCUUGUAUGCUAUAACAGUGACAAUGUUUUCUUUAAUAUGAAAGAACUAUUUUUUAAGGGUACAAAAUGUAUUAUAAAGUUAUCCAUUGAAGAGAUUUAUGGAGAAAUAUUUUUACAACACUGCCAUUUGAACAAACAAAAAAAUUCUGCAUAAACAGACACAUGGUAGAUGUUCCGAUAGGUUUUUUUUUGUCUCCCACAUCAGGUGCAUUUAUUUUGUGUUCUGUCAAGCUUCUCAUAUUUAUUGACAGUGUUGAAAAACUUGCAGGAAUUAUGUCUGAACAAUAAGUACUUAAUGCUAGCUGUAAGGAUAUGCUAUUGCAUUCCAUAAAAUACAUAAAAAAAACUUAAUGACCUAAUCAAAAUUUGCUUUAUAUAUGAAAUGGUCAGACAUUGUUAAGAAGUUUGAUAUUUAAACUCAUUCAUUGUUGAUUUUAACAUUGACAUCAUUGGUAUAUAUAUUUAGUUUACAAUUCUGCUAGAAUUUGGUGCAAAAAUUCUUGAAAAAAAAAACCCAUGCCAUUUGGACUUUUGAAUCCAUCACUUAUGAAAGGCUCAAUGAGCUACUGUCUCAGCCAGUGACUGCAUUAAUUGUAAAAUGCUCAUUAUUUAAGAAAGCAGAACAGUUUGAUAAUUCAUAUUUGGUACAAAAAUGUCUUGUGGUCUGCAGUUCGUCACAUGUCCUUCAUCAACUUAUUGAAGUCAACAUUAAUUUUCUGUGAUCAAGUCAGUUUCUCAUUUACCAUGAGUUAUAGAUUAAAAUACUUGGUCCAUAGAGUUAUUAUAAGCUUAGCAUGUUUGUCUGGCAGAUGAUGCUUGACCUUAACCUUAUUUUAUGGUUUAGUGACCAAAAUUAGAUAUCAUACUUAGGUCAACGUCUGAGUUACUUUGAAUAGGUUACUUCAUUUGAUAUAUAGAAUCAAUGUCAGAUAUUAAAAAUGCCAGUCUAAUACUAGUCACUCGACCUUAACCUCAUUUUCAUGGUUAUUGCUCAACCGUACAGGUACCCGUAUUCUUGAAACAUGGUAAGAACUAUUAACAUAUAACUAACUCAUAAUCUAUAAAGACAUUUCAGCAUGAGCAUCCUUGUUGAACGUAGGUAGGCAAGUCUGAUGCAUUUAAGCAUUACAAACUUAACGUUAUCUCAGCUGUCCUACAUAUAUACAUGUAUAUAUAUAUUAUAUAUCAGUAAAAUAAGGUACUUAAAACACUGCAUAAUAAGCAUUACAUACUUAAAACGUCAUCUCAAACAGCUGUCCAAUACAUAUAUAAGUAAAUAUAUAGGUAAGAUGAGGUAGUGUUACAGCAUUUUAUGAUCAUGGAAAGCAUUUUCAUAUAACAGAAACUAUUAUACAUUUUGUUAAAGUACAAUCAAAUGUUAUCACCUAGUUAGCAACACCAUUACAUUUAAUCCAAUAUAUCUGCAGCUUGUAGUGUGUAGCGGUACAAUCAAUGAAUCUCCGUAUCUUUUGAUAUAAUGUAUACAUGUGUUAUGUAUCAAGUGGGGUUAUAGUAUUUCCCUCAAUUUUGGCAUAUACACUUUUUUGUGGUAUUAAGGUUUUUGAUAGACAUUUUUUAGUCAUUCUUCAUUAUGUAUAUCAUAAUGCAAAUGGGCUGCAUCAAAAUGUUUUUUAAAAAUUGUGAAAUUUUGUCUAAAUGCGUUGUUUUGCCAACCAAUAUUCAGGAUUAAAGAGGAGGGCCUAGUAUUAUAUUUUGGUCUAUGAGAAAUGUGAAGAAAAACUUCUGAAGCAGUUCAUACCAGACUGGCAAAAGGAAUUUGAAAACAAACACAGGUCUUGAUACUGUAAUCCUUUUGGCAAUAAAUAUACACUCGAGACUUGUGUAGUGAUCCAGGAUAAAUAUGUGCCUCACUUUAUAGCUGUGACACAUAGGAUAUAAAAGUUACAUAAACAGGCUCAGGGAGACCUCUAAUAUAAAUAUUCUAAGGGAAUUGAUCAAAUUACUAAUAAGAAUUCAAUUUAAAAUAUUUAUUUGUCAACAAUGGUUUAAAGAUUUCAUACUCCCAAUUAUAAUACUUUUAUAUACCUAGUGUUCAAACUCGUUAGAUGAUAAAUUUGCAGGAAAACUUAAGAAUGAUCAAAAUGCUUUUAAGCUUUGAUUUUGCUGCAAUGCUUUGUUCAUUAUUUCAUCUAGAAAUCCCACCAAAUACAUGUUAUUGUUCUUCAUAAAUUAAACAAAGAAUGUUUAAAGGUUUUGGUCAAGUUGUUGAUGAUAAUAACCCUCAAAAUUAGUAAGAGUAAUUAUUUGAUAUAAAUCUGGAUUGUCAAUUAUCAAGUUGUUUUUCUUAGUGAAAAUAGUAAUAUUCAACCAUGUUCUAUUGUGACAGAGGUUGUUUUGCUUCUUUCAUUCUUACUAUAUUUCUUGUAUACAGAAGUGUAAAUUAAAAUAUAUCUUUUUAGACAACACAAAAAUGACAGUUUUGUUGUAAAAAUAACAUUGUUUUGUUGUAUUCUAUAGAAAAUCAGUUUAAUGUAGAAGAGUUAGAUAUUCUGAAGAAGUUCUAUAACAGAUUGUAUGACUGCAUUUCAUUUUCACAACAUUUUAGAAUUGAGUAGAUCAUCGCUUCAAGAGUUGUUACAAAUUCUGCACUUUAUAAUGUCAGGGUUAUAUUGAGAGAAGUAAUAAAUGUUUGUGUUUUUGUUUAUGAAUGUUGAUUACUUUUGAUAUUGAUGACAUUAUGUUGAAGGGACAAAACUAGAACAUUAUAAAAAUGUAGUCAUAUAUACUCAAACACUAAUGAAGUUGUCAACUUUAUUGUCUUCUGGAAACAUAUAUUGUGCAAAGUUUAUGACAGCUUUCUAUCAAUUUAAGUAAAUAAAAUUAUUGAAAAGCAACAUUAAAUUUUAGUGAACUAAUAGUCAAAAUAGAUUUUUUUUAUAAAACCUUUUCAUUGAAUAGGGAGGGGAAAAUUAUGAAUAUUUUUAUGAUGUGGCUUAAACUUUUGCAGAUUAUAGAGUAAAUUGUUUGUGACAAUGUAUGUUAUUUAACAUUUUCUUUGAGACUAGAAAGUGUAUGUAAUACAUGUGCUUAACUUUCAGUGUAGCCCUCAUAACAAUGUUAUUGAUAUCUUGUCACAAGUGUAAUACUAUACAUCAUUUAUUACGUACUUAAUAAAUAAAACUAAAAAUUUCUAUCUGAAAUUUACUGGUCUUCAAAACUAUUUAAAAAGUAUUAACAAUAGUUUCUUAACUUAAGAGAAAUGCAUAUCAGCAAAUUCACAACUGAGCAAAAUCAAGUCUAUUCCAUGACGUAACAACAGUUCUGUAUAUCAUUAUAUUUAUUUUUGUCACUGCUUGUAAAAAUUCAAUUGCUGGCAAUUUCCCUGUACCUUUGUUUUAAAACAUGCAUAUUUAUUUCUUUUCUUCCUUACAAGGUGUAUUACUUUAUUUGUUAUUGUUGAAAAUUAAUAUAAUAAAUAUUUGAAUUAUA